UUGAAUGGCCGACCCUCUUAAUGGAUCGAUUCUCCCUUGGAGUGAUACCUCCUGCUGUCUGCUGUUGAGGCUUUUUGUCAGUGACUUGGUUGGAGGGUGUGGGGUCAGCAGACCUGAGCCCUGCUGUCGGGGCCUUGUUUGCUCGGGCAGUGAUGCCCAAGGUUCCUUUUGGUUCUGUGACUGGAUCAACUCCGUGGAUCCCUGGAGUGCCACUGAAGGACAGUCCUGACCUUUGCCCUCAGACCUCCUGGAGCAUUUUGGGUGAUGGCACUGGCGGCCAAGGAGCCCUGACUCCACAGCCUAUGGAGAUGGGUGAUCUAAGGGAAGGGAAGGCUGAGGCAAGGCUGAUGGAGAACAUGUAACAGAAAGAACUCUCGUCCUGGAGAAAGUCGUUUGGCCUGAGUUAAGAGAAAAGUGCUUUGUGACUCUUAAAACCCUGUCCGAGGUGCCCCCAUCCCACCCGGACGCCAUGUGUGCCAGUGAGAGUUCACAGCGGCCGCCCAGCCUGAGAUGCCUCCGGGUCAGUAGAUCCAUUGGUCGAUGGUCAGCACCUCCUGCGGGGGAGGCCUCUACUCUAGCCAAGAUGUCCAUCAACCCGAUGCUGUACGAGACCCAGUUUUUCGGGUUCACGCCCCAGACGUGCAUGCUCAGGAUCUACAUCGCCUUCCAGGACUACCUGUUUGAGGUGAUGGUGGCCGUGGAAAAGGUCAUCUUGAAGAAGGCCAGCAGCCUUCCCGGCUGCACCCUGAACGCCAUCCAAAUCCGUGGCAGCACCGAGACCUUCCUCCGCUUCAUGAAGGAGCGCUUCAACCGCCUCUUUGUCAAGAUGGAGCAGGUGCUGCUGCAGCUGGUGCUGAACAUCCCCCCGAAUAUCCUCCUCCCUGAAGAUAGGAGCCAUGAGAAGUACCCCCAGAGCCGGGAGGACUUCCACCUUCUCCAGCAGGAAGUAGAGCAGCUGCAGCUUCGGUACAAGGCGGAACUCGGGGCCAAGCACGCUCUUCUGGCGGAGCUCGAGGUCCAGAAGGUGAUGCAGGCCCGGCUGAAAAAGAUUCUGCACUGGUUUGAUGGGCUCGGAGAUGCCCACGGGCCCCUCGGCCUCGGGGAGAUGAUGGCCUUCCUGAUCCAGCACUCGGGCCGGCUGCGCAGCAUCACACAGGACGUGACGCAGAAAAGCAAGAAGCUGACGACGCAGUAGCAUGUUGAGAAUGAAUGGAUCGGGCGGUGGGGGAGGGGGGAUGUGGGGGCUUUGGCUUUACCCAAGAGAAGUGAUUCCUCUAGAAGACCAGGGGUGCCAGGCCCAUGUUGGAUACCCUACCCCUCAGUGAUAUCAAAGUGGGGAUGUGCCCCCCUUUCAGGCAGAGUACCAUUCUACAAGUCAGGACCACUGAGCACACGGGAAGGAGAGCCUUCUUUUAUUCAGGUACAGACGUUUGCAAAAACUGCAUCUCAGAAGGUUUUUGCUCCGAAACCUGCCUGAAGUGGAUCUUUACCAGCGGAAGAGGCCACACUAUUGGAAGGGUUCCCAGGUAGCUGGUUAGCAAGAAGCAAACAAGUCAGCGCUGUGUCCGUGCAUGGGAGCUUCUGAAAGUGCUGGAUCUCACUGGUUUCUAGAGCAAACACACACUUUGAUCUUUGGGGCCAGAGAAGGGAAAGAAAGUCCAGUCUGAGGACAGUCCUGCUUUGUAUCAGAUACCUAGACUGGUCAGUAAUCACUCCUUCUGAAUCAGAACUGUGCUGAGGCCCAGCUCAGCUGCCCUGGAUUUGCAGGUCAGUUUAGUUUAAAAAAAAAAAACUGACCAAAGUCCCAUUUACUCAAAGGGAGGGCUCUUUGGUCUGACCUCAUGCACUAGAUUCGACUGAAUUGUUGACCUUGUCUGGUGGUAGACAUCAAGUCCCUGCCUUAAGAAGACACUUAAGUAGGUUUGAGAGCCGUCCUGCCCACAGACUUUUUUUUUCUUUCCCAUUUAGCAUUAUGCUUUUUAAGUAAAUAAGUGCUUCGCUCAGACCAUAACACAAAACAGGGCAAGAGAUAGCAACCCUGCCAGUUUGGCUGAAGAAGACUACAGAAGCAAAGGGCAGAGAAACAAAUAAAUGAGGUGCACAAUUUGUAA